CGUUGUUUUUUCCUUUUACCUUACCUUGCCGAGGCCUACACGCGGCCUGCGUUUUUGUUGUUAACCGGGAAACAGAGGCAGCUGCUGCCACAACGGUGGCGUAACGAACAGCGGCGGCACUGGGCUCGCAACGCAGAGGUCACCGGUUCGACUCCGUCUCCCGGCGCGCGGUAGUUGCUACAGCGGGGUCUUGGUUUAUGAGGGUGUGAAUGUUUCCACCGGAAUCCGUUCCUGGCUGCUGACUUUCGGAAACCUCUAACCGAAUUUGGAAAGGGUUACUGGUUUAGCGUCGACAGUUUCACUUCCCACGCGUGAGCGUGAACUGUUUCAUUCUCCGAGUGGGAAUUUACUCAAAUAUAGUUACAAACCACAUUUUACAUCGUGGAUUCUUCUUUUGUGCGCAGUCAUUGGUGACCAGGCAGAGUCAAUCACCUCGCCACGCACGAGGACUUGUUUCCAUCAACCCGGACUCAAACGCAGGAUGGCAGUGUUUCUAACAUGGCCAUUAUGAACCCUUCUGAGAGAGAGAGCGAUACACUCAGACCCAGGGCUCGAAUCCAGGCCCUCAGUGCUGCUGGCUCAGUGUCUCUGACAAGCCCAUUACGAACCCCACUGCAAGAGAGAGAAGAACACCCAGACCUAGGGCUCGAACCCAGGCGAGAGAGAAAAAAAAACACCCAGACCUAGGGCUCGAACCCAGGCCCUCAGAGUGCGUUGCGGGUUCAGUGUUUCUGAGCGAGCGAUUGUUGAUGGAUGGAAUCUAACCACGUGACCCCCGCCCCGCCCCGUGUCCCUCUCCCCGGCUGCUGUUGCUGCUGCGGUGACAAUGAACCCUCGUCCUCCUCCUCUCAAGGUCCAAGGCUACCUGACAAUCACCGCCACUCGGCACCGCCAUCCCCACAGCCGCGCCGAUGGAUGACGCAUCUGCGCUACUCGCUCCCGCUGUUCCGGCGAGCACCGGCUCCGGCAAGAGGUGGAGAAUAUGACUUCCAAGACAACUGGCGGAACCUGUACGAGAUCAACCGCCGCGCGCUGCCGCACGAGACGCCGGUGUACAACAGCCUGUACGAAGACCCCGAGGAGGUGCGAGGACGCGGCAUGUUCCUGCAGCGUGAGCGCCUCACCCUCGACUGCGGCAACCAGUUGGGCUCCGGCAACUUCGGCGCCGUCCUGCGCGGCAUCUACAAGUUCCAGAGGAAGGAGGUGCAGGUGGCCGUGAAGGUCCUCAAGCCCGUGGAGAACCAGGAGAUGCUGAAGACUGAGCUGAUGAAGGAGGCGGAGCUGAUGCACCAGCUGGACCAUCCGUACAUCGUGAGGAUGUUCGGGGUGUGCGAGGGAGAGGCGCUCAUGCUCGUCAUGGAGGUCGCCUACCUGGGCCCCCUCAACAAGUACCUCAAGGAGCACAAAGAGACGAUGUCAUCGAAUCACCUGGUGGAGCUGAUGCACCAGGUAUCAGACGGCAUGAAGUACCUGGAGGAGCGCAGCUUCGUGCACCGCGACUUGGCGGCACGUAACGUGCUGCUGGUGAGCGAGCGCUACGCCAAGAUCAGCGACUUCGGCCUCUCCAAGGCCCUGGCGGCCGGAGAGAGCUAUUACAAGGCAAAGGUGUCGGGCAAGUGGCCGCUCAAGUGGUACGCGCCCGAGUGCAUCCAGCACUUCGAGUUCUCCAGCAAGGGCGACGUGUGGAGCUUCGGGGUCACCAUGUGGGAGACCUUCACCUACGGGGACCGGCCCUACAAGGGCUUCAAGGCAGCCGUCCUGCUGGACUUCCUGAAGGCCGAGAAGAGGCUGGACAAGCCCCCGGGAUGCCCUGAAGCCAUCUACGAGCUCAUGCUCAAGACGUGGAACACCGACACCAACCUGAGGCCGUCGUUCUCGGAUAUUGAGGACACGCUGGGCAGGUACCUCGCCGGGAAGUGAACCCACGGGGUCAUGGAGGAGAUUCGUGGAGGAGGCUCGUGGAGCAAUCUCAUGGAGGACCACGAGUCCCGGAGAGACCCUGUGCGAGAUCCCCACCGACGCAACUCCGCAGCCACGGACCCCGCACCUUCUCUCUCUCCUCCUCCUCCUCCUCCUCCUCCUCCCGUAUGCGACGAGCCGGGGCCAGCGCGGCUCGGGACGCUCCGGGAUGUUUUUCCACUGCGUGAACCGAGCCGCGCCGCUUGCGUCGCACUUGACCAACGCAUCGCGAGCCCUCUCCGUGGCCCCGCUCGGCCCCCCGAGCCGGCGUAGCACAGUUUGGUUUCCGGCUCAACAAAUAGGCAAUGGGAAACCACCCGUGCCACGAGUGCUCCCGGGCUGGCUCAGCUCGGAUGUGCCGGUUUGAAAAGAGUGAGUCGCGGUCCGGUCGGCCAAAAUCGAGGCUCGCUCGGCCGUCCAAAGAGUUGAGUCACGACCGCUUUGAGCCCUGUAGCGCUCUGGGUUCUGCGCGGCAGCUUGUGACGUGGCCGUGGAGAGUUCGUUACGUGCCAAACCGAACGUUGGUGACUCUCAGAGCUGGAAAUUCAUCGCAGGACACAACUCGAAUGAGACGGAAUCGUGUUGUUGGCGUAGUCAUUGGUGACCGGGCUGAGAUAACCAGCUCACUGCGCUUGAAAACCCGGUUUAAUCGCAGGUUGUUAAUUGGAUGGCAUCAUCAGCUAUGGUCUCUCCACUGCUGGAUAAAUGCUUGUCUACAACCCACAGCCUCCUCCACACACCACACCGGACAUGCACAUACACACAUACACACCACACGCAAAAAUA